GGCCGGCACGCCGGAUAGUCGUGUGUGGGGCGCACUCGUCCAACUUCUUCGCGAACUACGUGUAUAAAAACUAAUCAAGUUUAACAAGUAUACUAAUUUAAGAAAAACUUUAGUCCUUACUAAGUGACGUAACUGUACUCUUUUGACCAAUAAAGUGCACAUUUUUUAUUUGACUUUGUGUGUGGUUUGAUUUUUUGUGUAUCUGCAACGUGUUUGGUUCAACGGACUACAGAGGAGAAUCGAAAAGAAUGUCAACGAACUAAUUAUAAUAAAAACGUUUAUCAUUUAAAUACUUUUUGGUCUAGUGUGGUGUAUUAACAAUGUACGCGAACAUCCGGACUAUAGGGACGUUGUCCCUUGUGGUACGGUGGUGCGUAUUCGUGGUUGUAGGAGUGGGGUGGCAGGUUCAAUCCCAAGCUCUGCAACAGAACAAUGAAGUGGACAGUUCUUAUAAUUUCUACUACGAACAGCCAUGCUGUGCUGGUGGUGUCAGUAAGAGCAAAUAUCAUAACAGGCACAGGCGAGAUCAUGUCCGGGAAUUCUCUUGUGGCACUCUCUACUACAGAACUUUCUUCGUGGACUCCAAGAGAGACGCACUCUAUGUCGGAGCCAUGGACCGAUUAUAUCGACUGAACAUGAAUAAUAUUAGCGCAUCACAUUGCGACAGAGAUGCCAUAAAUUUGGAGCCCAGCAACGUCGCGCAAUGCGUGUCCAAAGGAAAAUCGGAGCACUUCGAUUGCCGAAACCACAUCCGCGUGAUUCAGCCUAUGGGUGAUGGCAACCGGCUAUACGUCUGUGGCACCAAUGCGCAUAGCCCUAAGGACUGGGUCCUCUACUCCAAUUUAACCCACCUGCCGAGACACGAGUAUGUCCCAGGCAUCGGCAUGGGAGUCGCCAAGUGUCCCUUUGACCCAGCUGACAAUUCUACAGCUCUUUGGGUCGAGAGAGGUAACCCAGGAAACCUACCAGCUCUGUACUCUGGCACCAAUGCGGAAUUCACCAAGGCAGAUACUGUGAUCUUCAGGACUGAUCUCCACAAUCUUACCACAACGCGAAUACAAUAUUCUUUCAAAAGAACUUUGAAAUAUGACUCUAAAUGGCUUGACAAACCUAACUUCGUGGGAUCCUUCGACGUCGGGGAGUAUAUCCUGUUCUUCUUCCGGGAGACGGCGGUGGAGUACAUCAACUGCGGCAAGGCUGUGUACUCGAGGGUCGCUCGAGUAUGCAAACGAGAUACUGGCGGCAAGAACAUUCUCAGCCAGAACUGGGCUACAUACCUUAAAGCGAGACUCAAUUGCAGUAUACCUGGAGAGUUCCCCUUCUACUUCAAUGAAAUACAGAGCAUUUACAAAGUACCAGGGGACGAUAGCAGAUUUUACGGCGUAUUCACAACUGCUUCUACCGGCCUCAUGGGAUCUGCAGUCUGCACUUUUACUAUCGGAGAUAUCCAGAAAGCCUUUGAAGGGAAAUUUAAAGAACAGGCUACUUCCAGUUCCGCUUGGCUCCCAGUUAUAAGCAGCAGAGUGCCUGAACCUCGACCAGGGACUUGUGUCAAUGAUACUUCAUCUUUGCCUGAUACAGUGCUAAAUUUUAUAAGAUCGCAUCCACUGAUGGACAGCGCAGUGUCACACGAAUACGAGAAGCCAAUCUACUACAAGCGAGACCUGUUCUUCACGAGACUAGUCGUGGACCGCGUCAAGGUCGAUAUGAUGGGGCAUCAGUUAGACUACACUGUUUAUUAUGCAGGCACGAACGAGGGUAAAAUCCACAAAAUCGUUCAAUGGACCCGCAACGGCGACAGCCAAUCAGCAUUGCUCGACAUCUUCGACGUCACGCCCGGUGAACCCAUCCAGGCAAUGGCCCUUUCUCGAACCCAUGGGUCACUGUACGCGGCUUCCGAUCGACGAGUAUUGCAACUACGACUGGCGCUAUGCGCGCGGCGCUACGACGCAUGCGUGAGGUGCGCACGCGAUCCUUACUGCGGCUGGGACCGUGACGCCGGCGUCUGCAGAGAAUACAUGCCUGGACUCAUUCAAGAUGUAGCAAACGAGACAGCGGAUAUCUGUGAUAGUUCAAUCUCACGCAAGAGCGUGUCAGCUACAUGGGGACAAAGCUUGCACCUCGGCAGCUUCGUCAAAAUGCCCGAAGUACUGCACCCUCGCGCCGUCUCCUGGUACCAUUAUUCUAGAGACAAGGGACGUCACCCAAUUACCUUCAACAAACCAGAGAAAUAUAUAGAGACGUCAGAGCACGGUUUGUUGAUAAUAUCGGUGACCGAAAAUGAUGCCGGGCGAUACGAUUGCUGGCUCGGAGGGUCUUUGCUCUGCUCGUACAAUAUUACUGUGGAUACACACAGAUGUUCACCACCAGAAAAGAGCAACGAAUAUCAGAAAAUAUACUCCAAUUGGUGUCAUGAAUUCGAAAAAUAUAAAAGUGCUAUGAAAACGUGGGAAAGAAAACAAGAACAAUGCUCGCGGCAAAAUGACUCCAAUCAGAACACGCACCCCAAUGAAAUCGUGUGAUAGCUUCUUAACAUCGCCUAUCUCAUGUUUCAAUCGGUUAACUACUAUGCGGGAGCUAUCCCUAUUCCGUAUGUAUCAGCUGGCCUCAAAUACUUUAACAUAUUUGCGUGAAGAAAUCCGCAAAAUAAAGUGAUGUAAUGACGACUCUGUGCAAGUGUUGAGCUCAAUAUGUGUAUGCAAUUGUGACUCCACUAGCUUUUGUAAGGACAUGAAAGUGAAAUAAAAAUUGAAAAUAGUAAUCGUUCCGAACAUUGAGAACAUGAGAAGGUGAUUGAUUAUUUAAAUAAACAUUCAAAAUUUUUAUGGACAUUUUAUUAUUAAUAUUAGAGGAACGAUUAAAUGAGCGUUGUGAGUUACGUUGUUGGAAAUGGAAUGUAAAAAUUUAGGAAUCGAAAUAUUGAAAUUGUAAGUACGCUUUGUUUGUUGGGUAAGAGGUAUAGAGAAAUUGUUAGAUUUAUGGAACGUAACUAUUUUCGUAACCGCUCGUUAUUCGUACGAGUGUUUAUGCAUUUAUUAAUUGUACUUGUAUUGUUUAAGAAUAAAUUUUAUUUGGGUAGUAAUUUUUUACAUUAAAGGUUCUAAUUCAAGUUGUUUAAGCCCUAAUUUCGUGUUUGUAUCGUCUUUCGGUGUUGAUAAACUUUUUUUUUAUAGACAAAAGUAUCAAGAUCAUUAUCCCUUACUCAUAGACUAAUGAGUCUAAAGAUACGUGCGGCCGCGAGUAUAGCGCGGUGGCCCUAAUUUGAAAUCUCCGAGGGUUGUGGGAGGGUUUGCCUCAUUAUUUUUCCCCUAUUUGUGUAAAUAGUUACCUAAUUUCAUUUCGACUGUACCUACUAAAUGUAAGUGUACGUAUAGCAUGCACGUCCCUUAUUGUAAUGAAUAUAUUUUAAGCCUGUGAUAUAUUAAGAAAACUCAUUUAGAAAAUAUAUUUUAAGUACCAAUCGGGACUUUUAGGACCUAAAUUUGUCACAAAAAAAUUUAGAGUUAUUCCAUUGCCAUUGUUAUAUUAAAAUUUUGUAAACUGAAUUUAAUGUUUUAAUUGACGAUGGACUGUAGCUAGUUUGCAGUGUUUUAAAAUAGUUUAGGGAACACAUUCCACACCUUAGUUACUAUUAAAUAUUGUGUUAUCAGCAAUAAUUGAGCGUUUUUUUAGAAAAUGUAUAUAUAAUGUGCAAAUGUACACGAAAUGCUCUGUGUGGAUUUAUGAAAAAGCAUUCAAACCACUUGGCUUGCUAAAAUAUCCGGUUUUCGUGAACUUUUAGCAAAAACCACAGAAGAUAAAAACAAUGGAAGUGCCUUAAACCUAGAUUACUAUCAGAAUCGCUGCCACCAAAACUCACACUAUCAUAAUGUUAAAUACUAUGGAAUCUUGGUAAUGGUUUGCCGCCGUUUCUAAUUUGAAAAGACGUAACAAAUUCUGGACUGUUAAUAUAAUUCAACAAGGUAAAGCCUGUUGGUAUACCGUUGAAAGUAAUAUCUAUUAUUAAAAUUAAAUAAUAUUAAACUUAACGAUAAUAUGGAACACCAUUGUGAUUAACAUUAUAAGUGCCGACUAUCAUUUUUGCACUCUAAAGUAGCGAAGUAAAGCAUUUUUCCACCAUAAAUAACACGACCUUAACGUUACAAGCGAAAAUGGCGGACUAAGAUCAAAUUUGCAUCCACUAAGCACUUCUAUUGUAUUUAUUGUUCUGUGGCUAUGUAAAACAAAAUAAUUUGAAAUAACGUCAUGUACCCUGCCUUCGUAACAGAACCGCAUAAAUAUUAUAGAUAAAGUAAAUAAUGUAUUGCUAGCGUACGGACGUAGACGUUGUUUUGAAAUUACCUCCGCAUAUUUUUGUACAAAGAAUUCGAUUUUAACAAUUUCAUAGGAUUAGUGGAAAGUAUCAUCUUCACCAGUACCUAUAUUGCAUGCACCUUUUCACCACGGGUUUUGAUCGGCCUAGAAAGCUAUACAAUAUUAUUGUUCCAUUUUAGCAACUUUCUUAUUCCUUAUAUGGGUAAAAGCAGGUUUAGUUCAUUUGAAUUGAAACCACACACAUUUCAUACUUUGCCUGUACUCUAUCUCCAUCUCUACCUGUAGUACUCAUGUGUAAUUUUUGAAUCAUUUUUAUAAAUAAUUUUUUUACCAAUGGCAUCAAUUUGGUGCUUCAUAAUAAAUAAUUACAACGCUCAAAAUGCACUGAUUAAUUCUAUAUUGUCUGACCACACCUAUGGUGAAAAAUAUUGCACUCGGAAAAGUUUUUCGAUCCCAUAUCAUAUAUUAACUGUACUUAAGAGCUUGUACAUAAUUGUCAUCAUUUUCCUCAUAUUAGUAAGUGAAUAGCUAUCGAAUAUAAACUUGCAUUUUAUAAAAAUAAAAUAUAUUUUCUAGACUUUUUAACAAGACACCGUAAAAAUCCGCUACCAUUUCGAUACUUUAAAGAGAUCCCUAAACUGCUAAAAUAUGUAUGUUCUUUAUAACCUCACAAUCAAUCAAAAUAAUAGUUUUCAAUAUUAAUAAGGUAAUAACGCUCAUAAGAUAAUAUAAAUAAAUUAUACUUACAUAGUUUUUGUUAGCAAAGGCAAAAGUCAUUUAUACAAAAUUGAACAAUGAACCGUGAUUACUGUAGUAAAUAGCUAACUUAGGUGCUUCAAAUUAUUAUUAUUUCGCUUAACGACAUGGCUUGAAAUUAGUAUACGUACUCUAUUAUUUAAAUUUAUUAUUAAUGCUCUCGUUUGCCAAUUUUUUAAGCGUACGCUUCUGUUGUGCGCAAAAUAUAUUAUUUAUUUCUAUUUAUUCCACGCAUUGACAUCGUUUUAUACUGAUUCCAAGCCAUUCUCAUAUUACCAAUGUUCUCUCAUAUCAUGAAUGUAUAUAGAUCGAAAUUAUAGAUUUAGUUAUAAAAAGUAAUCAUGAGAAAUAUCUGAGCUUUGUCGUUUAUUAAAAUAAGAUUGGGUACUUAAGUAUUUAGUAAUUAAUAAGGAUUUCCCACUCCCCGGGAAGGUCUUGCGCAAUAAUUAUAGCUAAUUACCUGUAAACCUAAUUAAUUUACCUUAAUUAUCUAUACUAAUCUGAUAGCUCUGUAAAUUCCACAUGUUACUAUAAUCUUAAUAAGUUAAAAUUUCGAAAUGUAGAUUAAGAUUUUAUAUAAUAAACCUAUUGAAAUGUAUCUUG